AUGGCAGAAGCUCUUCUAUCAACUCAGGAUUCUUUCAGCUGUCCGAUCUGUCUGGAUCUACUGAAAGAUCCAGUGGCUAUUCCCUGUGGACACAGUUUCUGUCUGGGUUGUAUUAAUGACUCCUGGGAUCAGAGCGGGAUCUACAGCUGCCCUCAGUGCAGACACACCUUCACUCCAAGGCCUGUUCUCAACAAGAACACCAUGCUGGCUGAACUAGCUGAGGGUCUGAGGAAGACGAGGCUCCAAUCUGCUCCUCCUGCUGCUGAUUCUCCUACUGGAUCUGGAGGUGUGGAGUGUGACGUCUGCACUGGAACAAAACACACAGCUGUUAAGUCCUGUCUGGCGUGUCUGGCCUCCUUUUGUGAAGCUCAUAUUCAGCCUCAUUAUGAAUCUCCUGCCUUUAAGAAGCACAAGCUGGUUGAAGCCUCCAUGAACCUGCAGGAGAAGAUCUGCUCUCUUCAUGAUAAACUACUGGAGGUUUUCUGUCGCACUGAUCAGCAGGUCAUCUGUUAUCUGUGUGUGAUGGAUAAACACAGUGGUCAUAAGACAGUCUCAGCUGCAGCAGAAAGAGCUGAGAAACAGGAUCAGUUGGGCCAAAACCGAGAAACCUGCAAAAAGACAAUUGAGCAGAAAGAGAAGGAUGUGCAGGAGCUGAACAAGGUCAUGGAGAAAGUCAGGCACUCUGCACAGGCAACAGUGGAGGACAGUGAGAAGAUCUUUACUGAACUGAUUCAGUCCAUGGAGAGAAGAUGCUCUGAGGUGAAAGAGCUGAUCAGAGCUCAGGAGAAGACUGAACUGAGUCUGGCUGAAGAUCUCCUGAAGAAACUGGAGCAGGAGAUUGCUGAUCUGAGGAGGAGAGAUGCUGAUCUGAAGCAGCUUUCUUACAUAGAGGAUCCCAUCCAGUUCCUCCAGGAUUUCCAGUCACUUCCUGUCCUUCCCCAAUCUACUAACCUAUCCAGCAUCAAUAUGAACCCCCAGUUCUCUAUAGAGUUUUUGAAGAAUAGGGUCUCAGAAAUGAAGCAAUUGAAUGGAUACAGCAAGCUUGAUCUUGUCCAAGUAUCUGAAGUUUACACCGUCCAGCCUGCUGAACCAAAGAACAGAGAGGAAUUAUUGAAAUAUUCCUGUCAGCUCACACUAAAUCCAUGUAUGGUACACGAAUGUCUGCAGCUGUCUGAGGGAAACAAGAAAGUGAAUCUGAUUCAGCAGUGGGGUAGAGGUUAUUAUGGAGAACAAACAUUAAGUUAUCCACAGAACUGGUGUCAGGUACUUUGUUCUGAGUGUCUAUCUGGAUGCUGCUACUGGGAAGCUGAGGUAAAUGGAAACUUUUCAAUAGCUGUGUCAUAUCAGGACAUUAGUUUGGGUGGAAACAUAAUUCAAAGUGAGUUUGGAUCCAACAAUCAGUCUUGGAGUCUGGCACAUUUUAACUCUGAGUUGUAUUUCAGAGAAAAUCAAAGACGUACUAAUCUCAGUGUACACUCAUUCCCCUCCAGAAUAGGAGUGUAUGUGGAUCACAGUGCAGGAAUUCUGUCCUUCUACAGCAUCACCGAUGCAAUGACCCUCCUCCACAGAGUCCAAACCACCUUCACUCAGCCCCUCUAUGCCGGAUUUGGGAUGACGUCUCAAGAAAGCUCUGUUAAAAUAUGUGAUCUGUGAUUAGCUUUUUCUGGCCAACCACAGAGCAGCUGUGCACUGCACUGCAGUGACACUGACAUGGUGGUUUAAUAGUGUGUUGCACUGGUUUGAGUGGAUAAGAUAUGACAGUGCUGUCGGCAUAAAGCAUCGGUCAGGUUUAAUCUGAACAAAAGCUUAAAAAAUGUAUACUGUGUUAGUAUGAAUAUUUACUACAAUCCAACAAGGGAAGUGUAACAUAUACACUGUGUACAGACAGAAGAUGCUCUGGAACAAUGCAGUUUUAGCUGUACAGCAUAGUUGAUCUGUCCAUGCACUGCCCACAUCUCAGUUUUUUAUAUUUUCACCAGGAGCUUGAUGCUAAAUAAUCUCAAUGAAAUGUAGAUACAGUCUUGCAAAUAGAGACCCUAAUAUUUGAAGUCUUUGCAGAUUAAUAUCUAAGUCUUAAGGUGAGAGAGCCGUCAGACUUUCAGGGUAUAUACAGUGUCUUCUAGUGGGUGGUCACUACAAGAAACCUCAGAGUGGGAACAAUAAAACAAUAAUGAACAUUUAGCAUUAGCCUACUGUUUCUAUAUUUAAUUUAAAAUUAUGUAUGGACCAAGCUCCCAGCGUUGUAUGUUGACUGUACAUUAUGGGUGUUUAAAGCUAUUUCCAUAUUACAAACAUAUUUUAAAUCCUUUAAUUUCCCAGUGUGUCUUAUAAUCUUAUAAACUCUAUUAACAUCAUGGAAAUUUACAGCAAAAGUUGCGGUUAAGUCACAGUGGGGUGGGGUUGUAUAUAAUGAUCUUGUAUGCAUGUAUGCAUGAUUAGAUUGCUAAGUGGUCACGGGGAUGCUUGUUCAUCCUUGUGUGGUCAGGUGACAAUCUCCAAAAAACUUUGUUCAAUAAACUGACUAAAAAGAAUUUUAGGUGUCCGACUGAUUUCCUCCGCUGAUUCAAAAGAACAUGCGAGAUUUGGUAGGUAGACCAAUCCCAUAAUUGUCACUCAACUGAAGUUUCAGUUAAGUUUCUCUAGACUGGAGCGGUAUUAGCCGCUAAUGGCAGCGCAGGCUCUUUUGCCGUUCAGAAGUGAGUAUAUGGGACGGUAGCCUGUGUAAAAAGUAUAAAAAGAUUCCGAAAAUAUAUUUUUUAUUAUUUUAUUUAAUUUCAUAUGAAUAUGCCUCAUGAUAGUUUGUAAUUCAUAAAAGUUAAAAAUAACAAACUGGAAAAACAAGACAUUAAAAGUACUAGGACAAUAAAACUGCCUCUUUAAUAGAGAGGGAGAGGGGGGCACCUAUAGAGUAUAAGUUAUAUAGAGUAUACUAUAGAGUAUAAGAGUAUAAGUAUAAGUUGAUUGGAUCAGUCUUGUAGUCUUUUUGAGCUCUAAGUCUUCUACAUGUUUAAACAUCACUGCCAGUAUUCACUCUUGUUAUAUUCCUUCUUUAGUGAAGUACGGGCUGAAGCCCUGCUGACAAGAGCUGCCAGUGCUUUUACUCAGCAUGUUUCCUUAAUAUCCGAUGAUACAUCCUGAUCAUUUUAUCAUUUACUACUGAAAAUAAGUUACACAUUGGUCCUUUGAAAAGCUCCCAUUAGCGAGGUGUGCUUAAUAUUCCUGUGCAAAGUACGUAACUAGCUCACUAGUGUGUGUGUAUAUAUGCUAUAUAUUUUUUCUCUUUUGAAUUUGCAACAAACAAUUUUUCCUUUUGAUUGUGGAUUUUAUUUUUUUGUGUAAAACUUUUGGAACAAAAUUCACUCCAUAUGAACUAUUGUUCUCUUUUGCAACUCAGGUAUGUUAUAUUAUGUAUAUUAUAAGUUUUGGACAGUAGGGGGUACUGUUUCCCCUAAAAUGUCACCUCUUUGUGUAGUAAAUGUUAUAUAAAAUGGCUGAAGCUCUAACUGCAUGGUCGGUUGCAUUAAAUAUGGUACACUGUGAGCUAUUAAGUACUUAUGGUUGUGAUAUAGCUACUAGGGAAUUUGUUUUAUCUGCAUUUUAAGAAAAAAGUUUUUUUUUUUAUAAAUGUAUUUGUGCCUAUUAAUGUGUAUUAAAUC